AUGGGGCACUACGGAGUGCAGGUGGAGGUGGAUGUGGAACUAGAUGCGGAUGUAGAGCUGUCCAUCUCCUCCUCUCUCCAGUUCACAGGUCCAGCACCUUCUUCGACCCAAAAGACUUCUUUCCUUCUUCUGUUGUGUCGCUGCAGGAGUCUGGCUCUGCGGCACUUCUUGGGUAAUGAUUGGACACGUGCCAUCAAGUCGAAGGAUGCUGCAUUGAACGACCUGAAAAAUGACAUGGAAUCCUUGGGCUUAGAAGUGGCGCCCAUGAGGAAACCAGCCAAAAUAGACGCGGAUAUGUCGAGCACAAAGCAGCAAUCAAAGCCAGUUAGCGCACCUCCAGAGCCACCAAAGACUACGGAAAAGCGAAUCCGUUCAACAGACUACAACAAAUGGGACAAGUAUGACCCCGACGAGGAAAUACUGCGCAUGGAAUUGACGGAGGAGCGAACCAAAGAGCAGGAGGAACUAAAAAAUCGACCUGACCCCACGCCGACGCCGACGCCGACGCAGACCUCUGAAGAAGUAAUAAAAAGUGAAAAGGAAGCCCUCUAUGAACGUCUCCAGGAACAUCUAAAGAAACUAAGCCAGGUGGAACGGGAGCAGUUCGCUCAAAAGCAUCGUUUACGUGGCAACGAAUACUUCAAGUCGAAGGAGUGUGAAAGUGCCAUAGAAGAGUACAAUUGUGCCAUUAUCUACGAUCCUGAGAAUGCAGCUCGGGCCUACAACAAUCGCGCGGUGUCACAUAUGAAAGUGAAGAACUAUCUAGCCGCUAUAUCGGACUGCAAGGCAUGUCUGGAAAUGGAGCCGGACAAUCUGAAGGCUCGUCUGCGCCUGGCUGAUGCUAGCUAUGCCCAAGGAAGUCGCCGUGAGUCUCUUCAUCUUUAUCAGCGCGUUCUAGAGCUGCAGCCGGAUAAUGCUGCUGCCUUAAAGGCCCUGGAGCUGCUAAAUAAUCAGCUCGGAGAGCUGGCUCCGAACAAUGCCACCCGUUUGAUGAUUGAGGAGCUGAAGCCAGAUGCAUCGGCCAAACCGAAAGGAAAGUCCAAAGAUGUGCCAGUGGCGAAGCCACCUCCUGUCAAAGAAUAUGAUCUGGCCGAGCUGGUGAAGCCGAAUCGUGUGGUCAAAAGCAAAUUGGUUACUGCAGCCGAGGCCUUGGGCAGUAAAUUCAAGGCUCCUACUGCCUCCGCACCCAAAAACCAGACACAGCCACUCACAAGCGAAGCCUCCACACUACCAGCAAUGCUACGCAUGCCCCAGGACAAUAUCAAGAGCAGCAACAAGCUGCUAAUACAGGAGAUUUAGCUGACACAUUUAUUAAGAGACAUAUUUAUGAGGU